AUGGAUAUUUGUAUAUGUUUAAGACUCAAAAGCUAUAGAAAUUAUUUUUUUUCUACAAUUAAUAAAAUUAUACUAAUAGCAAUAUUAAAUUUAAUUACUCUUACAUAUGGAAAUCAAAGCGUAGACUUAAGUAUUAAAAGCUCUCAAAUAAAUGCAGUAAAUCCGUUGUCUAAAGGUUUUAUUGUUAAAGAAGAAGAUAUUUAUGCUUUUAUUUUAAAAAGAAAUUAUGUUGAUGAAAGCAAAUGCAAAGCAAAACUUGAGGAAUAUUGUAAAGAGUUGAAGGACAUAGAUCCAGAAUUAAAUAAAGUAAAUAGUAAGGUUAGAGAAAUUUGUAAUAAUAAUGAUAAAAGAAGAAAAUGCAAAGACCUAAGACUAAAUAUUGCAAAAAAAGCGCUUCAACUUGAUAGUAAAAUGUAUAAAAUUGCACAAAAAUAUAUGACUUAUGAAAAUUGCGAUAAAUAUUUGCGAGAAUGUUUCUUUUUUGAGCGCUCAGCUUUUAAUCUUUUAAUAGACUGCUAUUUCUUAAGAUAUGAUUGUUAUGUAAAGAAGCUUUCAAAACUGAAAAGUGAAAUUAUUCUUCAAGCUAUCGAUGAUAAUAUUGCUAAUUAUAAUGAUUUUAAGGAAAAAAUGAAAAAAAUCUGUCCGAUAUUUAUUCAACAAGGCAAUUAUUUACUCUUCGAAUGUCUUGAAAUUGAAAAAUCUUUUGAAAAAUUAAAUGAAUAUAUUAAUUAUUUUUGCAAUUCUUUAAAUAUUAACUUUAAUGAUAAUGAAUUGCAAGAAAAAUGUUACGAAAAACUCAAAAACUGUUAUUUUCUCAAAAAUAAAUGCGAAAAAAAGUGUAAUGAAUUAAAGGUAUUAUGCGAGAAAAAGAAUAUUACAUAUAAGCCUCCAGAAAAAGAUUUUAAUCCAAUUAACCCAGAAGCAACAUUGUUAAAGAAGAUUGAUCUGGAUGGUUUUUAUAAAAAAAUGAGAGAUGAAGGAAUAGUUGGUGGAAAUUUAGAAACAACACUGGACGACAUGUUAAUCUAUUUGUCUGUAGGAUCCUCCGGUUUGAAAGAAAAUGAAUGCAAGGAUGUAUUAAAGAAAAACUGUGAUUUUUUAAAAUAUCUGAGUCCUAAAUUUAAGGAAUUAUGUGAAGAUGACAAAAAGCAGAAAUGCAAAGAUAUAUUAGAAAUAAAAGAUAGAUGUAAAAGGCAUGAAAUAACGCUUUAUCUAAAUGGAUUUUCUCCUUCAUUUCUUCAAAUUACUGGUAUGAGGGCACAAAUCUUUUGGAAUGACCUUUCAACAUCAUUUAAUGACAAAGAAUGUUUAAAAUAUACAGUAGAAUGUUUUUUUAUUAGAAAAACAUGCAGAAGUAAUCCCACUAGUGGAUGCAUAAAUCUACAAUUAGCAUGUUAUAAAAAGCAACAAGAACGACUAUUUAUUAAAUUAAUUGAAAGUCAGUUGGUCGAAAAACAAUACAAUUUAAAAUCGAAAGAUGAAAAGCUUAAAAUAUGUCAAAAAAUAGUAAUGGAGAAGUGUGUAGCACUUGCAAAUAGUGAUAUUAAGAACUUUUUAAAAUGCCUUCGACCAAAAGAGAUAUGUCUUGAACUUGAAGAAAUUAUUUUUGCUCGAUCGAAAGACUUAGAACAAGCUUUGGAUCAAGCACGGGAUUUUCCUAAAGAAGAGGACUGUAUUGAAUUGAAAAAGGAUUGUGAAGGUAUUGCGAGGGAUUUAGGUUCAAAUAAUCUAAAGUGUGUUACAUUAAAAGAGCGUUGUAAAUAUUUGGAAGUUACAAAAGAACUAAAAUAUGAUUUUUUAAAAGAUAAAAGUGAUUCGUUAGUGAAUAUUCAAAAUUGUAUGAAAGCUUUGAAGGAAAAAUGUGAUGGAUUGUUUAAAAGAGGAACUAAUGCAUUUGGUGUUUCAUGUGCUUUACCAGAAGAAACAUGUAAAUUUAUGGUUUCAGAAGUUGAAAACCAUUGUAAUGCUUUUAAAAACAACAUAGAAAAACAUGAUAUUGUAAAUAAAAGUAAAAAUGGGAAUGAAACAUUGGUUGAAGAAAUCUGCAUAUUAUGGGAUCCAUAUUGUGAUGAACUUAUGGAAAAUUGCCCAGAUAAGUUGAAAAAAGGAGACAAUGGGAAUGAAAAAGGAGUCUGUUUACAACUGAAAGAGAAUUGCAGACCAUUCUUUGAAAAGUUGAAAUUGGAGGAUGAGUUGACGCAUGAAUUGAAAGGUAGUUUAGGCAAAGAUGAUGAAUGUAAAAAAGCAUUGGGAAAGCAUUGUAGUGAGCGGAAAGAUUCAGGGAAUCAGAAAUUCAAUAGUUUUUGUAAUACUGAUAAAGAUAAGGAUGUUGAGGGAAAAGUUUGCAAAAAGUUGGUUGAAAAAGUAAAAGAAAAAUGUCUAACCCUAAAAAAUAAACUGGAUAAAGAGAAAGAUGAAUUAAAGAAGAAGAAAGAUGAAUACGAAAAGGUGAAACAGGAGGCAGAAAAAUUUGCGAAGGAAGCUAAGUUACUAUUAUUAAGACUCGGGAAAGAUGUACAAGGCGCUGAAUCAAAGGUGCAAGACAACAGUUCUCCUAAAUCAGUGCUACCAUCGGCACUACCACCAGCACAACCACGGCCACCAACAGGGUCAUCAAGACUACCAUCAGGAGGAAUACCAGCAGGACUACCAACACCAGGAGGAUCAACACCAAGUGGAACGACAAACACGAGUAAUGUUAUACUUGUUCGGAGAACAUUUGUAAGUGGAGAAGUAUCAGAAGCAGAAAAGAAGGCAUUUGUUGCAACGGCGAGAGCAUUGGAAUUGUAUUUAGAAUUGAAAGAGAAAUGUAAAGGUUUACAAGGAGACUGCGGGUUUAGAAAGGAUUGUCCAGGGUGUGAAGCGGCCUGUAAAGAAAUAGACAAGUUGUGUGAAGGAAUAGAAGGAUUAAAAGUUACACCGCAACAUACGGUGACAUUAACGACGACAAAGUCGAUAAAUGGAGGGAAGGUAACAGAACAAUGUACAUUUCCUCAAACAACAGGUAUAUGGACAAGUACAUUUACAGUAACAUCUACAGUGACAUGGACGUCGAUGCAAAAAUGCAAACCUACGAGAUGUACAAGUGAUUCAAGUAAAGAAACACAAACACAAAAAGAGGAGGAGGAAGAGAAAGAAGUGAAAUCGAAUCAAGGAAUGAAAAUAAGGGUUCCGGAAAUGAUAAAAAUAAUGUUGUUGGGAGUGAUUGUUAUGGGAAUGUUGUAAAAAGAAUGAAAAAAGU